AUGCUGAUUCCCCGCCAGCUCUCCAAGGAGGAAGAGUCGGAAGCCACCGACGCCGAAGUGACCAAGGAAGACCAAGACAAGAUCAACGCCUUCUCGAAGCUGCAUAAUCGGAGCAAGGCGCUUGAGGAGGAACUGGCUACGAAGCAGAAAGAUAAAGAAGACCUCGAAGAGGUCUCGACGGAACUCGAACUCGCCGACGAGGACGAACUGAUUCCUUACAAGAUCGGCGAGUCGUUCAUGCACGUUCCCCUGUCCGAGGCGCAAGAGCUGCUCGCCUCAGCGACAACCGAGCUCGAGAGCGAAGUGACGUCGUUGGAAGAUGAACUGAGCACGAUCCGCGACGAGAUCGGCACCCUGAAGGCUCAUCUGUACGCUCGGUUCGGGAAGGGCAUCAACCUGGAGGCUUGA